UAUUUAAUAGCUUCUUCGAGGCCAAUCAGCCAUGGCUCUGCCACUCCAGCCACAGGCUUCAUUUCCUUCCAUUUCAUCUUCUUCUUCAACCUUCUUCGCCCAAGGCUCGAAAUUAUUGGCCCCAAAACUUCGAAACGCCCUCCUCAACAGGACCACCAGCUACUCGACUUCAUCCUGCAAGGCUUCAUGGCAAGAGCUUGCUGGAGUUCUGGUGUUCUCGGCGGUUCCAUUCACGGCGGUGAAAGCCAUUGCUAAUAGCCCCUUGGGUGAGUCGCUUCAGCGGCGAAUGGAGGAGAGGAAGAAAGUUGCUAUCCAGGAUUCUUCCAAAUUCCAGGCUUUAGCAGCAAAGGCCCGUAAAGAGAGCUUGUGGUAUGGCGAAGAGCGUCCUCGUUGGCUUGGUCCCAUUCCAUACGACUACCCUGCAUAUCUUACUGGAGAGCUACCUGGGGAUUAUGGCUUUGAUGUUGCAGGUCUGGGCAAGGAUUCUGUGGCAUUCCAGAGAUACUUUAACUUUGAAAUACUUCAUGCUCGAUGGGCAAUGCUUGCUGCCCUUGGUGCUCUGGUUCCAGAAUUACUGGAUUUAUUGGGUGCCUUUCACUUCACUGAACCUGUCUGGUGGCUAGUUGGCUAUUCAAAGCUUAAGGGAGACACACUGGACUACCUUGGCAUCCCAGGACUCCACUUAGCUGGAAGCCAAGGAGUGAUUGUCAUUGCUAUUUGCCAAGCCCUCCUAAUGGUCGGACCGGAGUACGCAAGGUACUGUGGUAUUGAAGCAUUGGAGCCUUUGGGAAUUUACCUGCCAGGUGACAUCAAUUAUCCAGGAGGGGCACUUUUUGAUCCCUUGAACCUCUCCAGUGAUCCAGUAGCUUUUCAGGAGCUGAAGGUGAAAGAAAUUAAAAAUGGCCGCUUAGCCAUGGUUGCAUGGCUAGGCUUUUAUGCACAAGCAGCUUUGACUGGUAAAGGUCCAGUUCAGAAUCUUCUUGACCACAUAUCAGAUCCAUUUCACAACAAUCUCUUAUCUGUGCUCAACUUCAUGUAAAUGUUCUUCUUCAUUGUACAGUGAGAUACUCUUUUAACAGUUGUAUCCUUUGAUGUUGGCUUAGCGCCGUAUAUUUGGCGAAAAUUAACUUGUAUGUGAAAACUAUUUUCUACGAAAAUUUUGAGAAAUAAUUUAUUUUCUAGGAAAAUUAACAAUUA